GACAAAUACAAAGAUCCCAAAGAGAUCAUGCGAUUUAAGCUGAGGAAAAUAUUCUGCAGUGGUUUGCUUUUUGUCAUUCUGCUCGUGUUCGUGGGAGGCCUCAUUACUCAGGGCCAUUACAUUACUCGUUACCUUUGGCCCUGCCAAAUAACCCAGGAGGCGUUUGCUACUCAAUGGCUCCAAACCAUGGAAACCUUCUACAACUCCACCAUGAUGAAUCCAAACGGGUUGAGAGAGCUAGAAGCGACCCCUACACCUCUAAUAUCACAUGGAAAUGUAAUCUCAGCUUUGGAUGGUUUGAACAUCAGUUCAAGUGAAGAGAUGAGAGCAGCGAGGACGCUUAAAAUUGAGCCUUACGAGUACAUCCUUAAUGAGCCGAACGCAUGUCUCCUGAGAGCACCUUUCUUAGUGCUUUUGAUUUCAGUUGAGCCCAAGAAAACGAACGCCAGGGACGCCAUCAGGAAAACGUGGGGCAAUGAAAGAAUGGCAGGGGACUUGGGUUUCAUCCGUCUGUUCUUCAUUGGUGUAAAUAACAACACCCAAAGAAAGGGAAGCAAACUACAGCACACAAUAGAGGAUGAAAGUCGACAGCAUCAUGACAUCAUCCAGCAAGAUUACAGGGAUACUUACAACAACCUUACCCUCAAAACGCUGAUGGGGAUGUACUGGAUCACAAAGUAUUGUCCCGAGGCGACAUACGUCAUGAAGACAGAUAGUGACAUGUUUGUCAACACCGAAUACCUUGUACAGAAAUUCCUCAAGCCCAUGGGUCAACUAACACAAAAAUAUUUCACAGGACAUCUCAUGACAGACUUCUCCCCAAACCGAAACAAAGAGAGUAAAUGGUAUAUGCCCCCAGCAAUUUACCAUGGUAGGCGAUACCCCACCUUUUGUUCAGGAACUGGAUACGUCUUCACAAGUGACGUGGCUCAGAUGAUAUAUGUGGUGUCUCUGAGCAUACCCAGGCUACAUUUAGAAGACGUUUAUAUGGGAAUCUGUCUAGCUAAACUGAGGAUAGAGCCAGUGCCACCCCCAAACGAUCAGCUGUUUAAUCACUGGCGAGUGCAGUACUCCAGCUGCAAGUACAGCAACCUGAUCACUUCCCAUGGGUUUCACCCCAAUGAGCUGAUCCAGUACUGGCAGCACCUGCAGAGCAACAAACACAAUCCCUGCUAGACGACACGG